GAAAGCAAGACCGCAAAUGCGUUUUCAUUUUUGAAGAAGCCUCAAACUGAAAAGACUGCUGCCAAUGCGGAUGACAAACCCGCAAAAUUGAAAGCCCUCAACUUACAAUUCAAAGAUAAACUGGAAGAAUUUUUAAACAGUGAUCCUGCCUGCGAUUUGCGUCCUGUAUUUAUGAAGUAUGGAAAGUAUAUUGAUGAAAUUAACUCUUCAACUUCAAAAACAUCUGUACCCGAACCUAAAGCAUUUUCCUUCACUCCACAGAGUAUCACUGAAACCGUAGCUCCUGGCUUUGGUAAGGUUUCUGCCCCAAGUGCUACUACUACUCCAGAUGUUCAUACACCUAAACAAACUACAUUCCCAUUUGCACCAC